CGGGCUCUAUGUGCUUGCUCUGCUAUACCCGCCGCCAUCAGCAGACCUAGAUCCAGAUCAAACCCCGAUGUUCACCUCCGCCGCCAAGCUUCCCCCGUGGCUCCUCACCGGCUCCGAAGGCUACAUCGGAGAUGACGUCAACGAGAGGACCGCCAUCGGCUUCACAAAGAAGCAAUUGAGCAUCAAGGCGACCUUCUUCCUCAACAGCCCACCGCAACCCUCCAAGCUGUGCGUGCACUGUCCCGACGCCAAGGACAUCAAGAACCCCCGUGUUCUGUGCGUGGUCGGCGACCACAUCCUGUUCCGCGUCGCCAUCACCACCAGGAGUAUCCGGAUCCGCUCUACCUCCGCUCUGCUGUGGAGCGAGUACUUUUUAUACCGUGCCGAACGCAAUCGGCCUAUGCUCAAGCUCCUCCCCGACCCGCCUACAGACACCUUUAAUGAUUCUGAGGUCGGUAUUCUUCCCCAUGGAGACGGCGUCUUCACCAUCGCAGCGCUGCUUCGCCGCCGGCUCUGUUUAGACAGGUUUGAGCUCCUGUUGUUCCACUCUAAGGCAGGCAACUGGACCUCCAUGUUUCUGUCAGUCGUGGGGCCACCGAAGAAGUUUCCUAUCGAGGUAGAACAUCGCAUUGAUGAUCUCUCUUGCCAUUUCACGACCAACGUGAUCGUAAUCGGUGGUGAAUACGGCACCAUUGCCUGGGUCGACCUCUGGGGCGGCAUUGUGCUCUGCGAUAUUCUGACUCUGAGCGAGAAGCCGAUGCUCCGCACCAUACCCGUGCCGCUGCCGAUGGGUCACAUCACUGGAAACAACGGCAAGGGAUUUCAUUUUGGCCGUGGGAUGGAUUGCCGUGGUAUUGCAUUUAUCAAUGGCUCUUUCAAGUUUGUAGAACUGGAACUUGACACCACUGAAUUCAUACACAUCAGGGACAAGGAAACUGGGCUCCCAACGUUGAUAGUGCACGGCUGGACGAUCACCACAUAUAGCAACAGCAAGAUGAGCUGCUCUUACGAGGAUUGGCAGAAGGAUGGCAUGGUCCGAUCUUCUGAGGUCACAAUCAACAACUCUAUGGUUACCCACUCCUAUGGGUUGCUGCCAUCAUCACAGGAGCACAGUGAGAGCGAAGAAACAAGGGAAGCCUUGCAGAAGCUUGUGUUGUCUGACCCCUCUCCCAGCUUGGGUGGCGAAGGUGUUGUUUACCUGGUGGCAAGGGUGAAAUUAUGGCAUCCCAAGUCAUGGCUUAUCUCUAUUGACAUGAGAAAUAAGACUCUGCAGAGUGUGGUUCCACUUGCUACCCCUGAAGAGCCGUAUGAAGAUCUAAUGUAUUACACUAGCACGCAGUAGUAUCUCCAAUACUCAGUAACCAUGAGGAUGGAGUAUCAAGUGGAACUGGAGACCAUCGAGUGUGUACUGACGUACAAAUAAAUUCAUCAGGAAGGUGAUUUUCUCAAGACUGGACAAUGAAUGCAUGCUUAGGACUUCUUCUGUUAUCUUUGGGUCUUGUGGUGACAUGGACAUUUAUUGGCCGAGGACAUGGUCUCCUGCGUGGUUUCUGGCCAACUUGUUUAUUAUGCUUGAACCGCAUAAAUCUAUUUAGUUGUAUUUCGUUCUGUUGGAGGACAUGCUCUCCUGUGACUUGUAUGUCGUAUAUGUUUGCAGAACCCCCCCAGUUGGUUCUUUGAUCGCCCAUUUAGACUUAUAUCAAUUUAUUCAGUGGUGAUAA